AGAAGGUGGUGUUGUUAUCGUCCCGCAGAUCGAAACAAGUUUCAGGAAAAGGAGUAAAAACGGUGAUCAAACGGUGUGAUUGGCUCCUCGGACUUUGUGUUUUCAAGACCAGAUCAACCAUCAUGACAACGAAGCGAGGCCUGAUCACUGAUUCGUUCAAGGUGGUGAAGAAGGCAAGGAGAGGGGGCAAACGAGAAAGGAAGCCGUCUCCUCCUCCCCCUCAGAAUGAGUGUGAUGGUGAGUUGCUGCCAGAGGAGCAGCUGCAGAAGCUUCGACAGUUUGACCUGGACUGGAGGUUCGGCCCCUGCACAGGAAUCAGCAGGCUACAGCGAUGGGAGAGAGCCAGACUCCACGGACUGAAUCCACCCGAGGAUAUCAGAGAGCUGCUGCAAACAAACACACGUCCUGAGUACAACCACAGCCUGUGGAGCGAAUAUCCUUUUUGAGGAGGAUGAGAAGAAAGAAGACUGAAAUAAAAACUCUAACGGAAUUAACAGCACCACACUUAGUCUGAGAGAAACAAGUCAAAAUAUUCCAGAGAAUAUCUGAAAUCCCUUAAAACCAUAACCCAACACGUCCUGUGUUUUGUCAUUCAACAUUCUGUUGUACUUUUUAAUAAACAGCUUCCCGUUUAGCACUGGC